AUUUAUUCCCUACAUUACUGCUGGAGAUCCUGAUCUUUCAACAACAGCAAAGGCUUUGAAGAUGCUGAGCUGCUGUGGGGCUGAUAUAAUUGAGCUGGGGUUGCCAUGCAAUGCCCCUGUGUUGGAUGGACCUGUCAUUCAGGUUCUUAGUUAAUCCUUUCUCAAAUAGAUCAUUGAUUCUGGAAACUUUUUUAUCGACUAAAUGCUUUGAUUUGUGGAGGCUUCCCACAAGAGAGCUCUGGCUAGCAAGACAAAUCUAAAGGCAGUCAUCUCCAUGCUGAAGGAGGUCGUCCCACAGAUCUCUUGCCCAGUUGUGAUGUUCUCCUAUUAUAAUCUGAUUUCAAGCUCCAGAAGCCAGUGGUUCCUGUCUGCACUAGAAGAUGCUGGUGCACAAGGGCUUAUUGUGCCAGACCUUCCCUUUGAAGAUGGUGCAACUUUAAGGAGAGAAGCUGCUGAGAAAAAUAUCGAUAUGGUUCUGCUAACUACACCUGCCACUCCAAAGAAGAAAAUGAAGGCUAUUGUUGAUGCUUCUGAAGGAUUUGUGUACCUUGUAAGCUCUGCUGGGGUAACUGGCGCCCGCGAUAUUGUGAACACUAAGGUACAGUUUCUCCUCAAGGAAGUUAAAGAGACAUCUCGGAAACCUGUUGCAGUGGGGUUUGGAGUAUCAAAACCACAGCACGUCAAGCAGAUUUCAUCAUGGGGAGCUGAUGGCGUGAUUGUCGGUAGCGCCAUCGUCAAACUGUUAGGCGAAGCAAACUCCAGAGAAGAAGGAUUGAGGCAUGUGAAGUCCUUUGUGGCAUGCUUAACUGCUGCACUUCCUUUAGGGAAGAAUGAAAACUAAAGAUACUUGAUGGUAUUUAUUGACAAGUAUUUUUAAGGUAUAUGUAAAUAUUAAAUUUGGGGCUUAGGAGAAUGCUAUGAAAUGGAUAGAUUCUAAAAUGAAUUCUUUGUG